AUGGUACAGAAUAAAUGGAGUAAAGUAUUUAUGUUGUUUAUUCCCUUUAUACUAUCUGAAAUAAUACUGCUAGAGGACAUAGAAACACCUGAAAGACACGGAUCAGUAACAAUCAACAGCACAAACAACAAGUCAAGCCAUCUCCACAGAAGACAGCACAUACCUAACAUCUACCCAAAGCAGAGCUCAAUGCCUAUCGAGGGAAUCAUGCACAACACACCGCACAUACAUAUAAGAGAACCGCAUAUGAACUACGCAGAGACGGAAGAUUCUGGCGAGUACAGAGUAAAAAAUAAAGAAAAAAUAGACUCCACUGAGCCUCUGUACAGAGCAUCCAAGCCAAUGGACAAAAGACUGCAGGAUCUUUUAUCAGAGAUAAAGAGAACAAAAAAAGAACAAGAAGCAUACAUCCGCACUUCCCUCAAGGUUGAGAAGAGACAGACGGAGUUGUCUAAAUUAAAAAAAGAAAAACUCUCGACAGCACACUCCAUUCAGCUAAUACAAAAUGAAAUAGCCAUGAUAGAGAAUACACUGGAGAGUUUGAAGGCACAAAUGCAAGGGCUGACAAAGAAGUAUGAAAAUGUAACAAAACAAAAGAUGGCAAUAGAAGAAGAGCUGAUCUCACUCGAGAAACAGCUGCAAAUAAAAAGAGACCUUCUGCACAGACUGCACCGACUGAAGAAAAAGUAUAACUGGCUGCGGAGUGAGUACAGCUACUACGACGAUAGCAGCGAUUAUUCUGCAGAGUAUAAAUAA